AUGGCGCGGUUCGGAGACGAGGUACCGGGCAGGUAUGGCGGAGGGCCUGGCGGAGGGGGCCCAGGCGGCCGCGGUGGUAACAGGCAAGGAGGACCCCACGGACACGGUCAUGCUCAUGGCCACGGGCAUGGCCACGGCCAUGGCCACGGUCCACCCGGAGGGCCCGGGGCCCAGAGAAUGUACAAGCAGUCUAUGGCGCAGAGAGCCCGGACUAUGGCCCUCUAUAAUCCCAUUCCCGUGCGCCAGAACUGUUUCACUGUCAACCGCUCGCUGUUCAUUUUCAGUGAGGAUAACUUCGUGAGAAAAUACGCCAAAAAGAUCACCGAAUGGCCUCCAUUUGAGUGGAUGAUUCUAGCCACCAUCAUUGCCAACUGCAUUGUCCUGGCUCUGGAACAACAUUUGCCCGAUGGGGACAAGACACCACUGUCUGAACGCCUGGAUGAUACAGAGCCGUACUUCAUAGGGAUCUUUUGUUUUGAGUCUGGAAUAAAGAUCCUGGCACUUGGUUUCGCCUUCCACAAGAACUCCUACCUGAGGAAUGGAUGGAACGUCAUGGACUUUGUGGUGGUGCUCACAGGGAUCCUGUCCACUGUGGGUUCAGAUUUCGACUUGCGAACACUCAGGGCUGUGCGAGUAUUGAGGCCCCUCAAACUGGUGUCCGGUAUUCCCAGCUUACAGGUGGUGCUCAAAUCCAUCAUGAAGGCCAUGAUUCCUCUGCUGCAAAUUGGCCUGCUGCUUUUCUUUGCCAUCCUCAUGUUCGCCAUCAUUGGCCUGGAGUUCUACAUGGGCAAAUUCCACACAACCUGCUUCGACAAUCACACAGGUGAGAUCCGAGAAGAAUUUCCAUGUGGGACAGAGCCUCCAUCGCGGCUGUGUCCAGAGGGCACCACGUGUCGACAAUACUGGCUCGGCCCAAACUAUGGCAUCACCCAGUUUGACAACAUCCUGUUUGCUAUUCUCACCGUCUUCCAGUGUAUCACCAUGGAGGGCUGGACUGACCUGCUUUAUUAUAGCAACGAUGCCUCAGGGAGUGCAUGGAACUGGAUGUACUUCAUCCCCCUCAUCAUCAUUGGCUCCUUCUUCAUGCUCAACCUGGUGCUGGGCGUGUUGUCAGGGGAGUUUGCCAAAGAGAGAGAGCGUGUUGAGAACAGGAGUGAGUUCCUGAAACUCAGAAGACAGCAGCAGAUUGAAAGGGAACUUAAUGGUUACCUGGAAUGGAUCUGCAAAGCUGAAGAGGUUAUCUUGGCGGAUGAUGAAAAUGAAAAUGAUUAUGAUGGGUCUCGUAGGAGAGCCACAAAGAACCAUAAGAGCAAAGCUGAGCUUCUAAACCCAGAGGAAGGAGAGGGAGAUCUGGCAGUAGGUUCACCGUUUGCCCGUGCCAGUUUGAAGAGCUCCAAGCUCGAAGGAUCAACUUUCAAGCGGCGGGAGCGGCGCCUGCGCUUCUUUAUCCGGCACAUUGUGAAGUCCCAGGCCUUCUACUGGACCGUACUGUGUUUGGUGGGCCUCAACACGCUGUGCGUGGCGGUAGUGCACUACGACCAGCCAGAACCACUUUCUGAUUUUCUGUACUUUGCUGAAUUCAUCUUCCUGGGGAUAUUCUUGACAGAGAUGUUUAUAAAGAUGUAUGGCCUGGGCAGGCAGGCCUACCUUAACUCCUCCUUCAACUGCUUCGACUGCAUUGUGAUAUGCGGUAGUAUAUUUGAAGUACUGUGGUCAAUCAUCCAGCCGGGCACGUCGUUUGGCAUCAGUGUGCUACGAGCUCUCAGGUUAUUGAGGAUUUUCAAAGUCACCAAGUACUGGGCAUCUUUGCGUAACCUCGUUGUCUCUCUGCUCAACUCCAUGAAGUCUAUCAUCAGCUUGCUCUUCCUGCUCUUCCUCUUCAUAGUUGUCUUUGCCCUGCUGGGCAUGCAGCUCUUCGGAGGACAGUUUAAUUUUGAAAAUGGCACUCCUCCAACCAACUUCGAUACCUUCCCCGCAGCAAUAAUGACAGUGUUCCAGAUCCUGACCGGAGAGGACUGGAACAUGGUGAUGUACGAUGGCAUCAAGUCUCAGGGCGGAGUCAACAAGGGCAUGGCCUUCUCUGUCUUCUUCAUUGUACUCACACUUUUUGGCAACUACACUCUGCUGAAUGUGUUCUUGGCCAUCGCUGUGGACAAUUUGGCAAACGCGCAGGAACUCACCAAGGAUGAACAGGAGGAAGAGGAGGCUGCCAGUCAGAAGAUCGCCCUGCAGAAAGCCAAGGAGGUGGCUGAAGUCAGCCCACUGUCUGCUGCCAACCUCUCCAUUGCAGCCAACAAAGUACACAGUGAGUGUCACAACGCUACCGACCCCUUUCUGGACUGUAAGGAGCAGCAGAAGAACCACAACAAGGGAAUCAGUAAGUCAGUGUGGGAGCAACGCACCAAGGAGCUGAGGAAGCAGACUCUGGCAUCCAGCCGUGAGGCCCUCUAUAACGAGCUGGACCCUGACGACCGCUGGAAGGCAAGGACAGGGAGGGAGGAGCACAACAAUGUGAACUAUUCACGGCACAUCCGUCCAGACAUGAAGACCCACCUGGAUCGACCCUUGGUGGUUGACCCCCAUGAGAACCGCAACAACAACACCAACAAGACCACUGCCAACAAUACAGACCUCUGCUUCAGCCAGCACCAUCCCACUGACGAGCUCCACAGGCAAACACGCCUCCACGAACAUGGUGGGCAAGUAGGAGGCGGUGGCGGAGGAGGCUCUGGUCCAGUCAGGCCUCCCUUGGAGCGUGGGGAGUCCACAGAGAGCAAGCGAAGCCAUAAAGGUGAGCACCACCACCACACCUCUCACGUCCGAUUGGAUGCUACAGUUAUUCCCGGGCCAGGCUCGGAGGAGAGGCCGUCCAGGCGCCAUCACCACACCCGGAGUGGCAGUCGAGGGGGAGGGCAGUCAGAACACAGGAGGCCCAGGUCACAUCGAAAGAAUGCAGAAGACGGUGAGGAUGGCAGUGGAGGAGCUGGAAAAACAGGGAGACACAAGAGCAAAGGGGUGGACGGAAGUGGAGAAGGAGGAGAACAGGAGGGAGCUGGUGAUGGCAGCGAGAGGAGGCCAAGAAGAAAUCGCCAUGGCAACCAAAUGGAGGGCGAGGGGAAGAGGAUGUGCCAGCACAGAAGGAAGGAUUGCAGUGUCCCUAACCUCUCUACCACACGGCCCAUCCAAAAAAGCCUCUCUAGGCAAGACAGCCAGUACAGCGAGGAUAUGGACAACCUCAUGAAUACCAAACUGGUGUCUGGCUCUACCCCACCUAGGGAGGGUCACCCUAAUCCAGUUGCCAGCCACACUGUAGCCCCUGGCUUCGGAUCGGCCCUCCAUCUUGCCAACAGCUGCACCCGUGGGAGUUUGGUCACAUUAGAUAGCUAUGGGAACAUCGGACAUCACCGUGCCAACAGUGUCAUCCGGCUGCCCCACCCUGACUACACAACAAUAGACAUGCCAGUUUUUCCAUCCUCCAAUGCCAUCUUGCAGGUCAAUAAGAAUGCCAACACUGAGCCUUUGCCCACGAAGGAGGAUAAGGACGACGACGACGACGAGAAGGGAGGUGAAGGAGGUCCGAGGCCCAUGCCUCCCUUCAGCUCCAUGUUCAUCCUGUCCACCACCAACCCGUUUCGACGGGCGUGUCACUACAUCUGCACCCUGCGUUAUUUUGAGAUGUGUAUCCUGCUGGUUAUUGCCAUGAGCAGCAUUGCCCUGGCUGCUGAAGAUCCCGUCUGGCCCGAAUCCCCUCGCAACAAUGUUCUACGCUAUUUUGACUAUGUCUUCACAGGAGUGUUCACAUUUGAGAUGCUGAUAAAGAUGGUGGAUCUGGGGUUGGUCUUGCACCAGGGCUCUUAUUUCCGGGACUUGUGGAACAUCCUUGACUUUAUAGUGGUUAGUGGUGCUCUGGUGGCCUUCGCCUUCACCGGCGGCGGGGGGAGCAGUAAGGGGAAAGAUAUCAGCACUAUCAAGUCCUUGAGGGUACUGAGAGUGUUACGACCUCUGAAGACUAUCAAACGUCUACCCAAACUCAAGGCUGUGUUUGACUGUGUGGUGAACUCUCUGAAGAAUGUGCUCAACAUCCUGAUUGUCUACUUACUCUUCAUGUUCAUCUUUGCUGUGGUGGCUGUGCAGCUCUUCAAGGGACGCUUCUUUUACUGCACUGAUGAAUCCAAAGAGUUUGAGCGCGACUGCAGGGGCGAGUAUCUGGUGUAUGAACGUGAUAACGAAGUGAAGGCGCAGAAGCGGGAGUGGAAGAAGUACGAUUUCCACUACGACAAUGUGGCUUGGGCCCUUCUCACCCUCUUCACCGUGUCUACUGGAGAGGGGUGGCCGCAGGUGCUGAAGCAUUCAGUGGAUGCGACUUAUGAGAACCAGGGCCCAAGCCCGGGAUACCGGAUGGAGAUGUCCAUCUUUUACGUGGUGUACUUCGUGGUCUUCCCCUUCUUCUUCGUCAACAUCUUCGUGGCUCUCAUCAUCAUCACCUUCCAAGAGCAGGGGGACAAGAUGAUGGAGGACUACAGUUUAGAAAAGAACGAGAGAGCCUGUAUAGACUUUGCCAUCAAUGCCAAGCCUCUGACACGCCACAUGCCCCAGAACAAGCUGAGCUUUCAAUACCGAAUGUGGGAGUUUGUGGUGUCGCCGCCAUUUGAGUAUACUAUCAUGGCAAUGAUCGCGCUCAACACGGUUGUGCUGAUGAUGAAGUAUGACGGAGCUUCUGAUACCUAUGAAGCUGUGUUAGGCAACCUGAACAUAGUGUUUACCUCCCUCUUCUCCAUGGAGUGUGUACUCAAGAUCAUCGCCUUUGGAGCACUGAAUUAUUUCAAAGAUGCCUGGAAUAUUUUUGACUGUGUGACAGUUCUGGGCAGCAUCACUGACAUUCUGGUUACCGAGCUUGGGAUGAAUAAUUUCAUCAACCUAAGUUUCCUGAGGCUGUUCAGGGCAGCUCGUCUCAUCAAGCUGCUGAGGCAGGGAGAAACCAUCCGCAUCUUGCUUUGGACCUUCGUUCAGUCCUUCAAGGCACUGCCUUAUGUCUGCCUUCUCAUUGCCAUGCUGUUCUUCAUCUACGCCAUCAUUGGGAUGCAGCUGUUUGGGAAUAUUGCUAUUGAAGAAGACGGAGAGAGUGCCAUCAACCAGCACAACAACUUCAGGACCUUCAUACAGGCUCUCAUGCUUCUGUUCAGGAGCGCAACAGGGGAGGCGUGGCACGAGAUCAUGCUGUCAUGUCUGGGGGGUAAGGAGUGUGACCCCCUGUCAGGGAAUACAGAGCCAGAGUGUGGCAGCCAGGUUGCCUACCUCUACUUUGUCUCCUUCAUCUUCUUCUGCUCAUUCUUGAUGCUGAAUCUGUUUGUAGCCGUCAUCAUGGACAACUUUGAGUACCUGACUCGGGAUUCAUCCAUACUGGGACCUCACCACCUGGAUGAGUAUGUCAGGAUAUGGGCCGAGUAUGAUCCUGCUGCCUGCGGGCGCAUUCAUUAUAAGGACAUGUACAGUUUAUUACGAGUUAUCGACCCGCCUCUCGGCUUAGGCAAGAAAUGCCCCCAUAGGGUGGCCUGCAAGAGACUGCUCCGCAUGGAUCUCCCUGUGGCCGAUGACAACACGGUCCACUUCAACUCCACUCUCAUGGCCUUGAUCCGCACAGCGCUGGACAUCAAAAUCGCCAAGGGUGGUAUUGACAAGCACCAGAUGGAUGCAGAGCUGAGGAAAGAGAUGAUGGCGAUCUGGCCCAACCUCUCCCAAAAGACUCUGGAUUUGCUGGUUACACCGCACAAGUCAGCGACAGACUUGACAGUGGGGAAAAUCUACGCUGCCAUGAUGAUCAUGGAGUACUACCGCCAGAGCAAGAUCAAGCGUUCACAGGCUCUUCGCGACGAGCAGAAUCGAACGCCAUUACUGUUUCAGCGCGUGGAGCCACCUUCCCCCACCCAGGAUGGGGGUCCGGUACUUAACAACACGCUCCCUCCACCUGAGACAACAGAGACUGUCAACAGCCUGCCAGUGGAGGGGGGGAUCCCGGAGAGCCAUUCAUGGGUGACAGCUCGUGCUCAGGAGAUGUCCCAGAAAGUUGGCAGCUGGAGCCCUGAGGGACACCCUGAGGAUGGCCUGGGAAGCGUGACCAACUCUCAGACGGUAGAGAUGAGAGAGAUGGGGCAGGAUGGUUACUCGGAUACCGAGCACUUUCCACCAAUGGAAGGCCAUGGCAGGGCCGCUUCCAUGCCCCGCCUCCCAGGCGACAACCAACAGCGGAGGAGAGGGAAACAACGUGGCAGUAACCUCAGUACCAUCAAUGACAGCAGUCCCAUGAAACGCUCGGCCUCGUCGCUGGGCCACAGCAGGACUGGGCGCGGCCACAGAGACAAAGGAGGGGCAGACGACUACAACAUGGAGCGUGUAAUACCCGAGGAGGGGAAAUCUUCCAGACAUGGACACCGACGGAAAGACCGGAGUCAUCGGGCAUCUGAGAGGUCCCUCUGUCGUUACACGGAGGCUGACACAGACCUGAGCACAACCACCCAGUCAGGCGACCUCACGUCCAAGGACAAGGAUCGUGACAGAGAUCGCGGCCGUUCCAAAGACCGUAAACACCACCACCAUCAUCACCACCACCAUGGCUCUGUGGACAAGGAGCGCUUCGUGGCGGAGCGAGGAGGCGAGUACGGACACAGGCACUCCCGCGAGAGAGAGCACGACCGGGAGAGGGAGAGAGAGAGGGACCGACGCUGGUCGCGAUCGCCCAGCGAGGGUCGUGAGUGCGUGACACACAGACAGGGCAGUAGUUCAGUCAGCGGAAGUCCUGUCCCCUCAACUUCGGGGACCAGUACACCACGUCGAGGCCGUCGACAGUUGCCUCAGACCCCUGCAACACCCCGGCCCCAUGUUACCUACUCCCCUGUGGUCCGUAAGGCCAUGCCCACACCACCUGGGGGGCCACAGGGCAGACCCCCAGCCCCAGCCCCUCGCCGCUUUUCUCCUGAGCCUCCCCAAAGCCAGGGCCCUCCCCCUGCUGGCCUCCCAUUGGCCCACCAUGGCACUGCCCGCCAGGGUCAUCAUCCCCCACUUCGUUGGGGAGACACAGGUGGAGGAGGCGGCUCCAUGGAAGGGGAUGGCUGCUUCUUCACCCAGGACUACCAGGACUAUGAGCCCCACCAUGAACCACCUGCCUAUGAGCAGAGCCCCAUACAGGGUAGCAACCCCCACCCACAUGCCCUGGCUAACCACCCACUGCCACCUCCCCCACAACCACAGCCACAUAACCCCCAUCCCCUCCCUCCACCCCAGCCACACCCUGUAAACAACCCCCACCCUCAUCCCCUGCCCCACCCACAGCCCAGUCGCACCUCACCUAGGACUGCCCGCCAUGCGCACCCUCCCACCACUGCCCUGACUGGGCCUGUGCAGGGCCAGGUGCAGCCUGCUGCCCAGCGUCGCCUACCCAAUGGCUACCGCUCCUCGUCACCUUCCACACAUCUCCAUGGACCCCCACAUACUGGGCCUCACAAGGUCCCCCCUCCUGCUGGGCAUCCCAGGGGGCCCCGCAAGGGCCUGCAUGAACCCUACAGCGAGACGGAGGAUGACGACUGGUGCUAGCCUCUGGGGAUGGGGUAGGGGCAUAAAUAGGAAAAAUAACCGAUAGGUGGACCGAAAGAUGAAGAUGGGAAGCUCUCAGCUAGAGCACUGACUGCCAAGGGAAAACCACAACUUUUUCUUUCUUGUCUAUUCAAUUUUUCCUCUCCUCCACUGCUUGGCAUGUCCCAGGGAUGGUGGGCUAGAUGAAGGGAUGGGUGUCAGGAUGAAGGGACGGAACAAGAAUGCAGAGGCAGGAUCUGGAGAAACAAGUGGUGUAAGAGGAGGUCGCAAACCACCUCCAUGUUCCGCUUGUGCUGUUGUUGCAUUCAUCUCUUGAUGCCAAAUGAGACCAAGCUCAAACUGCAGUUUUUAAGGAUGCAAGCAGGAGGGGUGAUGGACACUAGUUUUUGUGUGUCUUAUUAUGCCUCUGGCAAUGAGCUACAGCCACUUACAAGAUGUCAAGAGUUGCGACUCGACAAAAGACACUUUACAGUCAGAGACAAAAGAACGACCACUAUUUUUUUUCUUUUUUCUUUUUUUUUUUUUGCUUUUCAAAGCUAACUUCAGUUAAGUUAGCCACAGA